GUUAAUUUUGCGGAAGGAAAAAGAUUUGAAUGAAAUUUCAUGCAACUUUUGCUAUUAACUUGAUUAGUGAUGGUUUGCCCUUUUUACUAGGGAAGUUAAUUUUUGAAAUGUCGGGCAUCAGAGGAGGGGUUUCCAUUUUUCCUGUUUAAAAUUCGAAUCAUAUUCCGUCAUAUUGAAUUUCUGAAAAUUAGUUAUUGCUACAAUAUCAUAUUAAGUGCAGAAAUGAGUAGAAGAGGAUAGGGGAGAAGGUUUUGGUUCAUGGGCUGUAUAUUGGCUCCCAACAUUUCAGAAUAUUUUAUUUGUAUGUGCCCCUUAGGAUAUGAUAUCAUGGGAUUGUGCUGGGAGAAAUCAACACAUUGGCACUGAUUGCUUUGAAGAAGGGUGCUCAGUUGCUUAAAUAUGGUCGUAAAGGAAAGCCAAAAUUUUACCCAUUUAGACUUUCUUCUGUAAGUUUGUUUUCUACCUUUAUAUUUGCAAGCUUGUGAAAGUUAGAGGGUUUAUAAUUCGGUGAUCAAAUAAGGCAACUGUGGUGUUCAUUUAGUGUGAGUUAAGAAUAAACUAUGUUUUCUACCUUCAUUUUGGUGAACUUGUACAAGUUUGAUCAACGGACCUUGGUUUUCAAAUGGAGCUACUUUUUUCUCGUCUUUGCAAGUCAAGGCUUUUAUUCUUCACAUUUUGUAUCAGGGGCAAAUAUGUUAAUCAGCUGCUUAUGAUCUGAUUGAUCAUCUAUGAAACACUUUAAUUUAAAGAUCCUCUGCAUGCUGAUCAUCUAUUUUUUUCCUUUUUGGUCAUGGAGUUUUUUUAUUGUAUCAGUUCCAAAUAUGAGUUUUGUUUGUGUUUUUUCCCUGUCAAACGUCUUCCUUUUUGUCCCUUCAGCUGACCCCAAAGAGUGAUAAACAUGAAGUUGUCUUAAUUUUCACUUUUCCUUCUAUCAAUAACUUAACUGAAAUGCAAGCAUGCUCAAGCUCGUUGGUAUACUUAAUACUUUAGUUAGAUUGUAUCUUGCUUUAUUCUGACCUUUAUCUCAUAAUUUUUGCUUUGGAAAAUUGCCCAAUUAUGUAAAGCUGACCGUUUGACUAAAUGAAUAACUGAGGAUGCUACUUAUUUCUGAGGUUGUACCUUUACAGGAUGAAUCUUCUUUAAUCUGGAUUUCUAGCCGUGGUGAAAGAAAAUUGAAGUUAGCUACAGUGACCCGAAUUGUUCCUGGACAAAGAACUGCUGUUUUUCAAAGGUUUCUUCGUCCUGAAAAAGAUUAUCUUUCUUUUUCACUUUUGUAUAACAACGGGAAAAGAUCUCUUGAUCUGAUUUGCAAAGAUAAAGUUGAGGCAGAGGUUUGGAUUACUGGCCUAAAAUCCCUGAUUUCGAGUGGACAAGCCGGACGAUCAAAAAUUGAUGGAUGGAGUGACGGAAGUCUUGGUUUUGGUGAAAAUAGUGACUUGAUAUCAGUUAGUCAAAGUGAUAGUUCUGUUGGUACUACACUGGAGAGCAGCUCCACUGAGGUUUCAUUCGGUUCUAGUACAAUAACAUCCCCGAAAAAAUAUCGGUCCAGCAAUUCUUUUCAGUUCGACGGUGCAUAUGUAGCUUUGGAUCAAACAAAUAUGCAAGUUAGAGGAUCCAGUUCAGAUGCUUUUCGAGUGAGUAUUUCCAGUGCCCCUAGCACCUCCAGUCAUGGUUCUGCACCUGAUGAUUGUGAUGCAUUGGGGGAUGUCUACAUUUGGGGUGAAGUUAUUUGCGAUAAUCUUGUGAAGGUUGGGCCUGAAAAAAAUGCUAGUUCUGUGACAACAAAAGCAGAUGUCCUCGUUCCUAGGCCACUUGAGUCGAAUGUGGUUUUAGAUGUGCAUCAUAUUGCAUGUGGGGUCAGACAUGCUGCUUUAGUGACCAGGCAAGGAGAAAUCUUCACAUGGGGUGAAGAAUCUGGCGGGCGGCUUGGCCAUGGAAUUGGAAAAGAUGUUACCCAGCCUCGUUUAGUUGAAUCAUUGUCAUUUUGCUGUGUUGACUUUGUUGCCUGUGGAGAGUAUCACUCUUGUGCUGUCACAAUGGCUGGAGAGCUUUACACAUGGGGAGAUGGCACACAUAAAGCUGGUCUUCUUGGUCAUGGAAAUGAUGUGAGUCAUUGGAUACCUAAGAGGAUUUCAGGUCCUCUAGAGGGUCUGCAGGUUGCAAUGGUAACUUGUGGGCCCUGGCAUACGGCACUAGUGACGUCAACUGGCCAGCUCUUUACAUUUGGUGAUGGAACAUUUGGGGUACUAGGCCAUGGUGAUCGGGAAAGCGUUCCGUAUCCUAGAGAGGUGGAUUCUCUGUCAGGUUUGAGGACAAUUGCUGUUGCCUGUGGAGUUUGGCAUACAGCUGCCGUGGUAGAGGUCAUAGUAACACAAUCUAGUGCUAGUGUUUCAUCUGGAAAGUUAUUCACCUGGGGUGAUGGAGAUAAAAAUCGCCUUGGACAUGGUGACAAAGAACCACGACUAAAGCCUACAUGUGUGCCAGCACUUAUUGAUUACAACUUUCACAAAAUUGCCUGUGGGCAUAGUAUAACUGUUGGUUUAACCACAUCAGGACAUAUUUUCACAAUGGGUAGUACAGUGUAUGGUCAACUUGGGAAUCCUCAAGCUGAUGGGAAGCAACCAUGCUCUGUUGAAGAUAAGCUUGCUGGGGAAGUUGUUGAAGAGAUUGCCUGUGGUGCCUAUCAUGUCGCAGCUCUGACAUCAAAAAAUGAGGUUUAUACCUGGGGCAAGGGAGCUAAUGGAAGGUUGGGCCAUGGAGAUUUAGAGGACCGAAAAACACCAACUCUAGUUGAAGCUUUGAAGGAUAGACAUGUGAAAUAUAUUGCAUGUGGUUCAAAUUACACAGCUGCUAUAUGUCUCCACAAAUGGGUAUCUGGGGCUGAACAGUCUCAGUGUGCUGCUUGUAGGCAGGCGUUUGGUUUCACAAGGAAGAGACAUAAUUGCUACAAUUGUGGACUUGUGCACUGCCAUGCUUGUAGUUCUCGAAAAGCACUAAGGGCUGCCUUGGCCCCAAACCCAAAUAAGCCGUAUCGUGUUUGUGAUCCGUGCUUCGCUAAACUCAGUAAAGUGGUGGAAACUGGUGGUAACAGCAGAAGGAAUGCUGGACCCCGACUUUCUGGUGAAAAUAAGGAUAAACUGGACAAGGCUGAGCUACGCCUGGCUAAAUCUGGAUUGCAGUCCAAUAUUGAUUUAAUAAAACAAUUAGACAGCAAAGCGGCAAAGCAGGGAAAGAAGGCUGAAAUGUUUCUAGUAGGCCGUUCCUCUCAAGUACCUUUGUUACCACUGAAAGAUGCUGUGAUGGCUACUACCGUGGAUUUGCGUCGAAUCGCUCCAAAGCCAGUUCUUACAAACUCCAGUGUCAGUUCUAGAUCUGUAUCUCCUUUUUCAAGAAAACCGAGCCCUCCACGAUCAGCAACCCCAGUUCCAACUACAUCAGGCCUUUCUUUCUCCAAGAGCAUAGCUGAUAGUUUGAAGAAAACUAAUGAACUUUUGAGUCAAGAAGUUCAUAAGCUGCGGGCUCAGGUUGAGACUCUGAGGCAUCAAUGUGAACUCAAAGAUGUUGAGCUUCAAAAAUCGACUAAGAAAACUCAAGAGGCAAUGGCACUUGCUGCCGAAGAAGCUGCUAAAUGUAAAGCUGCAAAAGAAGUGAUUAAGUCGCUUACUGCUCAGUUGAAAGACAUGGCUGAGCGGUUGCCACCAGGUUCCUAUGACACUGACAGCAUUAAACUCCCUUCCCUGCCAAACGGUGUGGACCAAAAUGGCAAUUUGCAUAGCAAUUCUAAUGGCGAUCAUCAUUCUAGAUCUGAUUCGCUCAGUAGCUCUUAUCAUGCCUCUCAAAUGGGUGGUGAACCUGCCAUUGUUGAGGGCAUGCAUGCCACCAAUGAAUUUCCAAGGGAUUCUUUCGGAAACAGUGAAGUGAACCAAAGCAGUCAAGUUAAGGGAAAUUUGAAUUUGCAUGGGAGAGAUGACCGGUCUGAUGUAAGAGUUCUUAAUGGUAAUGGAGAUGUGCAAGCACGCAGUAGUGGAGCUUCUGAAGGUGUUGGUGUUGAUGGCAAUGGUGGGCCUUUGCAUGGAGCUGAUAAUGGGUUAAAGUCUAGGAACUCCGUAGUUCCUGGUAAUGUUAAUCAAGUAGAGGCAGAAUGGAUUGAACAAUAUGAGCCUGGUGUAUACAUUACUCUAGUAGCUCUACGAGAUGGGACCAGAGAUCUCAAACGUGUUCGCUUCAGCCGGAGGAGAUUUGGAGAACAUCAAGCAGAGACCUGGUGGUCGGAGAAUCGUGAAAAAGUUUAUGAGAGGUACAAUGUUCGUGGAUCGGACAAGUCAUCAUCGGUAUCCGGCCCAGCUGCCCGAAGGUCCGAGGGGAAUGUUUCACCAUCUUCCCAAAUGUAGACGUUUAAUUAAGGAUUCUCCAUCUUUUCUUCCUUUUUGUAGUUGUGAUGGUGGUUGCAAGGUUAAGCAUCCCCCGUCGGAUCAAUUGGUCUCUUUAUAUUAUUUAUUUUUUCUCCCAAAAUCUUUAUAUCUAGGGGAUUUUAAAUUUUCAGCUUGUACACUCACCCUUUGGACUCUAAUAGUUGUAUAUAGAAAGUUCAAUUUGAUCUCUGUGCAGAGGAAUUUCAUGUCCAUUUUGGGUUUCUCUUGCAAUCUUUCUUUAGCUUAGUGGCAUGGUAGUGCAUGUAGCUUGCUUUUGCUGUAGAAUGUUGAGAAAUGUAAAGUGAGAAAUAUGAGCAUAUUAAUUUGUCAAAACUCUAUUCCAUUCAACUAACUGACAAAUUCUAAUUCAACUUCAGAAGUGUUUUAUCUUUU